AUGUGGUUAGGAUAGAAAAUUAAAAAUGCUGCUGGAACAGUCAAAAAUGUGACUUCAAAUCUAUUGUAAGAAAAACAAACAGAUUCUGAUAAAAAAUAAGAAUAGUCAUUAGCUUAAAAUUAAAAAUAAUAGGAUGCAAAUCUUUUAGAAAUAGAUGAUUAAAUAACAUAAGAAAUGACAAUAGCUGAACUAAUUUAAAGAUUCUAAUAAAAUGAUUGUUUGAGUUUGUAGUAACAAUUUGAUUCAUGGAAAAAUUAUGAACAUUAAUUUUAAUUAUUGAAAUCAAAAUUCAUUGGAAUUAGAGGAGAAUUUAACUAAUAAUUAGAGCAAUACUCAUAGGAUUUGUGGGACAGUGCAUAAAUAGUUGAGAGAUAAAAAAUUGAAUUCAUCAUAAAAGUAUUAGAUUAAUUACCAAUUUAAUUCGAGUUUCAAUCAAUUAUAAGUUGGAAUUAAUUUAAUGAAAAAUUAAACAAAUUAUCUGCUGAUAUCAAAUAAUUAAGUUAAAUUAAAUAUGCUCCUUUGGUUAAAGAAAAUAAAUAAUUAAAGACUAAAUUGUCAUAAUCAUCAAAUUAGGAUUAGAAAAUUCUAGAAUUGUAAAAAACAAUAGAAACAUUGAAAGAAGAGAAAGAAUAUUCAAAGAAGCAAUUCUAAGUUGAUUACAAUCAACUUGAGAUUCAAUUCUAAGAGUAAAUUUAAAGAUUAAAUAAAGACAUGAACUCUUAAAGAGAUUUAUUUGAUAUAGAAAAGUAAUAAUUAAAUAAAGAUAUAGAUGACUAUAUUUAGUAGAUUAACUCUAUGUAAAAAAAUUAAUAAAAAUUCUAAAAAUUAUUAAAUAUUUUGAAAUAGAUAAAACUAUUAAGAACUAAUUAAAUUGAUGUUCAGAAUUUAUAAAAUGAAUUCUAAAACAUAAAAGGCUUAUUAGAAACAUAAUUAAUUAACUUUAUUCAAAACUAAAAAAUGUAAGAUAAUUAAAAAAUCGAAUAGUAAGAAUAUGAAGACGAAUUAACAGAUGAAGAUAUGAAGGCAGUUUAACAAUUAAUAAGAGUUUAUAAUAGAAAAUAAUCUGAUUAAGGUGAUAAAGAUAUAAUCUAAAAUAAGUAGGAAUUGUUACCAAGACUACUUAAAUACAUUUAACAUUUAUAAAAUGAAUUAGAAGUUUUAAGAGAAUAGCCAACUUGGUCUUAUUAAUAAAAUCAUAAUUCUAGUGAAUAAAAUUAAGAUAUUAUUACUCUUGAAUUGUAAUAAUAAUUAAAUUAAUAAAGCAAUGAACUUUACAAAGUCUAAGCUGAAUUGGAAGAGUUUAGAAUAUAAAUUGAAACUCUAAAUAUGUAAAUAGAAGAUUUAACAAAUAAGAAUGAAGAGAAAUAAACUAAGAUUGAUUAAAUGCAGAAUUAGAUUAAUAAUGAUAAUUCAAAUAAAGAAAAUCAACAAGAAAAAUAAAUCGAAAAUUAAGAAGCUUAAACUAUUAAAAUAAAUAAUGAAGAAUCUUAAAUUAUUGCAAGCAAUGAAAUUAUUUAAUAAGAAAACUAAAUUUAGUAAUCAUCUGAAUAAAAUAGUGAAUAAUUAAUUGGAUAAGAGGUUCAAAUUAAUCUAUAAGAAACUAAAUUAAACGAUAUUUAAGAAAAUAGUGAUGCAGAAGAUGUCAUUCAAGCAAAGAAUAAUUUUAAUGAGAAUAACUAAAGAUUAGAAGUUGAAAAAUAAUUCAAUUAAAAUGAUCAAUCAAUAUAAACAGCAAUAGAAUAGUGUGAUUAAACUACAUAAAUUUUAUUAAAAACAGACAAUCUAUGUAAUUAAAUAACAUAAUCAAUUGAAACAACCAGUUCAUUUACAUAACAUUAAAUUAAUGUCGAAAAUUAAAUCACAUAAAUUAGUAUAGAUACUGGAAAUAAAUAAAUAUAAGCGAUUGCUGAAUAAGAAAAUUAAGAAACUUAAGUAUAAGUCAAUACUGAUCAUUAAACUACUUAAUAUACAAUUACUUAAGAAGAUUAAAAUACAUAAACACAAUCUGAAAUUGAAAAUGAUUAAUUAAUUAAUUCAACUGAUCAAUAAUAAUAAACUUACAUCCAAUAGAAUGACUAAAAUACGCAAAUUUAAAUAAAAACAGAAAAUCAAGAGACCUAAUUAAACUCUUUUACUGAUACCAAUAAUUAAUUUACUUAGCAUGAUCUGGAUCAUCAAAAUUAAGUAACUUAAAUAACUAUUGAAACAGGCGAUAAAAGAAUUUAAGCUACUACUAUAUAGGAUACUUAAGAAACUUAAGUUUAAAUUGAAACAGAAAAUUAAACAACUUAAUAUGUAUCAGUUUAAGAAAAUUAAAACACUUAAACUAUUGAUUAAUAAAAUAUUGUCUAAACAGCUGAUCAAAAUACUUAAAUAUCAUUUGAAGAAAAGGAUGAACUACAGAAAUAAUAAAUAAUCUUAGAAGAUUAACAAAUCUAAAUAUUAGAACAAUUUAAUGAUUCUAAAGAUUAAUACUAAAAUAAAAAUAUAGAAAUUAAUGAAACAUCAUAAUUAGAUGAAUUAAAUUAAAAGGUUAAGAAAUUAGAAGAAUAAGUCGAUUAAUUUUAAUAAAAUCAAUAAAUUGGCCUUCAAAAAUAAUUAGAUUAAUAUCAUGAAAUUGAAAAAUUAACUAAAUAAAAUUAAAUAUUAUCUGAAUAAAAAGAUCACCAAUAAUUUUUGAUGAAUAAUUUAUUAAUGCAAAUUGAUAAAUUAUAAGGAGAGGAUUUGACUUAAAGUAAUCAAAGCAAUAUGUUAAUUGAAGAUUUGUAAGCAUAAUUAUAUGAAUAAAUAGUCAGAGUUGAAGAGUAAAAAAAGGAAAUUAUUGAUUAGUAAAAUAAUUUAUUGUAAAAAGAUUCAUAUAAUAAAUAAAUUGAAUUAAAAAUUUAAUUAUUAUUGUCAUAAGUAGAAGAUUAAAUGUAAAAGUUUCAAGAAUAAAUUAUUAUAAACUCGGAAUUGAAGGAAUAAAAUAAUUUAUAAAAUUAGACAAUAGAAGAAUUUAAAGAGAAAAAUGAACUUCUUUCAAAAGAUUUUGAAAAUUUAUAAUAAUAAUUAUCAGAAAUAUCAAAAUAAAAAUAGAAUAUGGAAUCAAUUAUUUCUGAAAAUUUAGAAUUAAAACUUAAAUAUUCAUAACUUUAAAUUUAAUUGUAAGAUUUCGAAAAUAAAUUUAGUGAUUAAGAUAAAUUAUAAUCAGAUUACGAAUAUCUCGAAUAAAUAUUUACAUAAUCUUAAUCAAAAAUUAAUUUUUUAUAAAAUUUACUAACAGAAAAUUAAGAAUCAUUAGAGUUACAGACUGAGUAUAAACCCUAACUUUUAAAUAAAUCUACUUCAAUGACUGAAUAAGAAGGAUUAGACGAUAUAAUUGUUUAGCAAAAAGUUUUCGAUUAAGAAGAAAUGGAUAAAGUUUAAAAUAAUAAUGAUGAGGCUUUAAAUUAAUUUUAAAGUUCAACUUAAGAGAAUUUAAAUGAAAUUAUUGAAUAAAUAGAUUAGACUGAUGAUCGUGAAAAAUAAAUUGAAGAAAAUACAGUAUAUUAGUUAUAAGAAGUAAGAGAAAAUUUCGAUAACAAGUCUGGAAAUUUAAUAGAAUUUUAAAAUUCGUAAAAGGAAGGGGAAAAAGAAAAUUUAUAAUUAAAAUAAGAAAGCGACCAAUAAUAAAAUAUUAUAGAAGAUUAAAAUUUAUAAUAAUAAAAUGGAAUUAAUGAUAAUGAAAUAAAUAAUUUAUAAAUCACAUUGAAUUCUACACAUUAAAUAAUCGAAUAAAAAUUAAGAGAAAUUUAAGAAUUAUAAGAUCUAAUAAAUAAAAAUAAACAAAAUGAAUAAGAACUGCGAGAAAUACUACAAGAAAAAGAAGUAAAAAAUAAGGAUUUAGAAAUAUAGCUAAAUGAUUUACGAUAAAAUUUGAAUGAAAAUUAAUUAAAAGAAGAAGAAUUGAACAGCUAAAUCAAUAUAUUACGAUAAUAAAAUGAUGAUUAAGAACAAAAAUUCAAUGAUUUUUAGAAUUUGAAAUAGUAAGAAAUUAAUGAAUUAAAUUAAAAAAUAUAAAGUUUGAUUGAAGCCUUGAAAAUUUCUGAAUCUUAAUUAAUAAAGUAACAACAAUUAGAAUAUUAAUAAUCAGAAUAUGAAUAUUAAUUAAAAUAAUUAAAGGAUCUUCUUUAGGAAAAUGAAGAAAAAAAUUAUUAAAAUUAAACUGCAUUAUAGGAAGCUUAACUCGAAAUAUAAACUACUAGCUUAGAACUUGAGAAUAGCUAUUAAAAAAUAUAAUAACUAGAAUCUAUUAUAGAAAAUGAUUAAGAAGAGAUGAAUUAAUUAAAGAAUAAAAUACAAGAUUUAUCUGAUAAGGAUAAGAUUCUAAAAUAAAUUUAAAUUGAAAAAUAAGAUCUAUACAAUAAAAUCUAAGUGCAAUUGGAUUAAAUUGAAUAAUUUUAAGUUAAUUUAGACUUGCUCUAAAAAUAAUUAGAAUAAUUAAAUUCUGAGCUCAAUGUGGAAAAAUUGAAGAAUCAAAAAUAAUUAGAAAUUAACAAUGAAAAUGAUAUAAAAAUUUAUUAGUUUUAACAUGAAUAUAAAUAAAUUUCAUAGACUUUAGUUAAAUUGGAAUAGUAAUCAUCAGAAGAGAUAGAUGGAUUAAAUGAACAAAUAUAAGAGAAAGAGAAAGAGAUCUUAAUUCUGAAACAUGAAAUCUAAACAUUAUAAAAAUAUGUUGAAGAAUUGAAAUAACAAAAUAUUUAAAUAGAGUAAAAUUAAAAAAUUCUUUAGGAAUAAGAGAGUAAAUUAAAACAAGAAAUAAGUGAGUUGCAAUCUUAAUUGUAAAAAGAAGGAUAAGAGAAUUUAACUAAUACUGAUAUGAUUAUUGAAUUAGAAAGUAAAUUUGAGAAAGCAAUCUAUUAAAAGGAUGAAAUGGAAUAAGAAUAUUUAUAGAUAAAAGAUAAAAUUUCUCAUUUGGAAUAAAAUUAUAUAUAAAAAAAUGAGUAAUAUAUUUCUUUAUAUGAAUAAUCUAAUAAUUUAAUUGAUCAAAUAAAAGGUAAAUAACACCAAAUUUAGAUUCUAUAAAAAUAGAACGAAGAAUAAGUAACUUUAAUAAAAUAAAUUGAAAUUGCAUUUGGAGAGAUCUCUUAAAACCUAUAUUAAGAAACAAUUUAAAAUUUGGAUAUCAAUUCUUUAGAUAAAAUAAAAACAAAUAUUUUAUCAAAUAUAAAUUAGAUUAGGGAUUCUUUUAAAAAAGAAAUUGAAAAUAUAACAUAAUAACUCAAAUAGUCUUAAAAGGCAAGUUAAGAAGCUAAAUAAUAAUUAAGUGACUACUAAUAGAAAUUAAUUUUGUGCGGUACAGAGUAUUCGAAAAAGGAACAAUAAAUUAAUUAAGAAAUUUAGCAGACAUAAUUGAAAUUUAAUGAGUAAGUAGAAAAGGCUAAUCAAAUAUAUAAUUAAUUGUAAAAAGUUGAAUAAAAGAAAAAAGACUUAGAGAAAUAAAUGUAGGAUUUAGAAAAAACAAAGAAAGAUUAAUUAGAUGAAAUAAAAACAAAAUAAAAUGAAAUUGAAAAUUUGAAAAACUAAAUUAAUAAGAAAUAAAAUGAAGUAAUUUUUAUUAGAAUUAUUAUAGAUUGUUACUUUAUAGAUUUAAUUAUCUAAUUAAUAAUAAGAAUUACAAAAAAUGAAUGAAUAAAACAAAAUAAUUGUGAAUAAAAAUUGUGAGAUUCAACAAUUAACAAAAAAAUUAUAAUCCUAUGAAGAAACAAUAGAGACAUUGAAUUAGAGUAUAAUAAACUUUCAAUUUGUUAAUGAAACAGCUUAGUAAAAGUAUGAUAUUAAAGAAGAAGAAUAUGAAAAUAAGAUAAAAGAAUACAAAGAAAAUAUAAUCUAAUUAAAUAAAUAAUUAGAAGAAAGACAUUUAGAUGAAGGUGUUUAGAUUUAAAUAUAAGAAUUAUAAUAAAAAAUUAGAAAGAAAGAAGAAAUGAUAGUCUAAUUGUAGCAUGAAAAGGAAUAAAUACUUGAAAAUUGUAAUAAUAAAUUUUAGAUAAUAUCUUAAAGUUAAUAAAAUUUAAUUGACAAGCGUAUAAUAAAGGAAGCUUUAUUAAAUUAUUUUGAUAACAGAGCCCCUUAGAAAAUAAGAUAAUCAAUCUUACAAUAAUUGUGUUGUAUAUUGUCAAUGACUGAAUAAGAGGCUGGUAAAAUAGGUAUAAAUAGAUAAAAUAUAAUAAGGUAUCUAAAUAUAAAAAUUAAACCAAUAAGAGAUUCAAUAAAAAUAAGAGUAAUAAUAAUAAUCAUUAAAGGACAAUUUGUUGAGUUUUUUAUUAAAUGAUUGA